GUGAUGGAAGAGGGAAAUCACUCGGAGGUGACUGAGUUCAUUCUCUCAGGACUGACAGAUCGUCCGGAGCUUAAGGUCCCCCUGUUUGCAAUGUUCCUACUGAUUUAUGGUAUCACCCUGGUGGGGAAUGGGGGGAUGAUCUUGUUAAUCACAAUUGAUCCCCAACUCCACACCCCCAUGUACUUUUUCCUCAGGAAUUUGUCUUUCUGUGACCUCUGCCUUUCCUUGAUAAUUUCCCCUAAGAUGCUGAUGAAUUUCUUAGCCGAGAGGAAAAGCAUUUCUUACACUGCCUGCUCUGUGCAAAUGUAUCUCUCUAUAAUUUUCGCAGAUGUUGAGUGCCUCUUGCUGACUGUGAUGGCGUAUGACCGUUAUGUGGCCAUCUGUAACCCGCUGCUCUAUACGGUCACCAUGUCCAGGCAGCUUUGUAACCAACUGGUGGUUGGGGUGUACACUGUGGGGGUGGUGGAUUCAUUGAUAAUCACGUGUUGUAUAUUUCGGCUGUCAUUCUGCAGCUCCAACAUCAUCAAUCAUUUCUUCUGUGACGUCCUCCCACUGUUGGCGCUCUCCUGUUCUGACACCCGCAUCAAUGAGAUUGUGAUGUUUGCUUCAAUGUGCUGCAUUCAAGUGAUAAGCUUUGUGACUGUCCUCCUCUCCUAUGUCUAUAUCAUCUCCACCGUCCUGCAGAUCCGCUCUGCUGAGGGCCGGCACAAACCCUUCUCCACCUGCACUUUCCACUUGAAUUCUGUGGUCCUGUAUUUUGGCACCCUCUUCUUCAUGUAUUUACGUCCCACCUCCAGCUAUUCCAUGGACACAGACAAAGUGACCUCAGUGUUUUACAUGCUAUUGAUCCCCAUGUUGAAUCCCCUCAUCUACAGCCUGAGGAACACGGAGGUGAAGGAUGCCCUGAGGAAAACAUUGAAUAAACUCCUAACCAAUUUUUGAAUCUGUUUAGUGGUGGGGAAUGGAAAUAGCUGAAUUCAAUUCCCAGCCCAUUACAAAGUAAUUUCGCAGAACACAUGGGAGUAUUGUUCUUUAUUGUAUCAUUAUUAUUAUUUUUUUUUUCCUAUUCCUAAAAGGUUUGCAGGCCCCAGCUAAGAUCAUUCGACAAAACAUGGGAAGCAUGACAGGGACAGCGAGAGAGAAUGAUUUUAUAAGCUGGUGGCUCAGGGCAUCCACCUAGAGGGUGAAAUGUUCAGCUUCACAUCUCAGGACAUUGGGUGGCAGUUCCAAAGGGGUUUCUGUGACCCAACCAGUUACACAGAGUUUUAGGAAUAAAAUUAGGGAUAAAAUUGCAAAAGUGUGUGUGUGUGUGGGG